AUGGCCUCGCGGGUCACGCGCAAAGAGAGCCAUAACUACUAUGCAGUGCUGGGACUGGCGCAAAAUGCGACAGCAGCUGAUAUCAGGGCAGCAUACAGGCGCAAGGCGCUCUCAACCCACCCGGACAAGGGUGGCUCUCCUGCUGACUUCCUCCUCGUGCUGAAAGCCUUUGAGGUGCUCUUUUCGGGACACUCGCGUGCCUCCUAUGAUGCCAAGCUCGAGCAUAGAUUUGAGCAGCCAGAGGCCAAUGGCAAUUGCGAGGAAUCUCGCCGAGUGCCUCGAACUGGUGUUUGUAAGACACUAGCCAAAACCAAAAGGAGAAGGAGCAAGUCCCAAAUACUGGAGAGAUGCCUUAGGCAGCUCCAGUCCAUCUUGAAAGAUUGUCCACACUCAGCCAGAUUGCAACAGAUCCAAAUGAUGUCGCAACUGCUUCGAACCACCCUGUUGGAUUUCAUUGAGAGGUCCAAACGUGAAGGUCAGAUUUCCAAAGUUGAUGGCCGUUUGAGCCCUCAGGGAGCUGAUAGUCAGGACACGGAAGCCGUGGGGGAUAUAGGCAAGUUAAGCCACGCAGGCAACGCCGGGGCAACUCGGAAUAAAGACAACGGCAAAGUCAUGCUGCCCAUUGAGGACCUCAAGAGUGGGGCUCAAGAAACACGGGCUGAGUGCAGUCACUGGAGCGGGAGGUCCAGACGGCAGAAGGAUCUGAUGCGCGGCAUAUAUUCAAUUUCUGCAUCGAACCAGGUCUACUACGAGUCCAGGGUGACGCACAGAAACCUGUGCCUUGCAAGUCGUGUCAGCCGAAGCCUUGAGGAUGUUGUGAACUUCCACGCAACUCUCAUUUCGCUGCGUCAGCGCAUGGUGGAGUUGGAAGAUCUUGAGCCAACCGCCAAAUCCGAUGCUGAGGCUGCUGAGCCAUGGCUAGACCGUUUGAAAAGUGCCAUGCUUACAGCCGUGCACGAGGUCGAAGGUGUGGACGACAUCGGAUUAAGCUUCCAAGUUGUGCUUGAUGCCCGGCCAUGGGUCGGGAAGAUGCUGCAUUCGCCACGGAUGCACUGCGCCAAGACUGCACUUGACGUCUGGCAGCGUGCAGAGAGUGUGCGGCUGGCACAAGGUUGGAAUGGCAUCAAAGCCGUGUGGACCCAGUGGAUGCAGGCUGAGCGCCGCUCUUGCUGGGCUGUCCGAAAGCGGAGCCGGCAGGAGGCAGAGGCCACGGUUCGCUGGGCUGAGAAUGCCUUCAGCGCCACGCGGCAGAGGCGCCAAGCCAUCCAGAAGAAGCGAGAAGCGGCUCAGAAGAGGCGAAAUGCCGAGCUUCAGGAGAGGGAGGAGAAGCGUGCUAAGCGGGAGAAAGAGAAAGCUGAGACCGCCCAAGCACGCAUGGAGCGCUUGACCCAGAACAAACUUCCUAGAUGCAUCCACCGUGCAGAGGUUUUGGUCAAGUCGUUGCAGGCCAAAGAGCGUUCUGCUCAAAGGCCCCGUUCCCAGGCUGCGCACAGGCAGGCCAUUGUGGCGGGCAGCCUGGCUGGCGUUCAGAGCGUGCCGGCCACUCUCUACAAUCUGGCACCUCGCACUGUUGUCUGGUUCUGGAGUGGCCUGUUGACGUCUGUAAAGGAUGAGCACCCGGACUAUCCCUCAACAGCUGUGAUCUUCCCACAGUGUGUUGGCGUUUGGUUUGCGUCAACCGCCAUUUACGUGAUCUACUCGGGCAUCGCUCGAUUGAGGCGAAAGCCAGUUCUGCAUUCGGUGAUUCGCCCUGCCUUCAUCAGUGGCUGCAUUUGGUCUGUGGGAUUCCUAUUCAUGAUCAAGGGCAUCAACCAGCUUGGCUUUGCAGUGGGGUACACCUUAGAUGCCGUUGGGCCGAUCAUAGUGGCGAGUUUGGUGUCAAUUUGCUGGCAUCUCGGCCUACUGGGGGCCCACUAUGUUUCUCAGACCCACCCUGUCACGGUGUUGCAAUUCUUCGAUUCCUCCGAGUUCCGCAGCAUCCUGCAGAGCUGCUGCGCAGACAUUGCACAGCUGCCAUCCCCGGAGCUCCUGAGAAGGUAUCGCGCAGAAGCCCAGGUUGCGGAACUUUCCCACUCCCUGCCAGCGGAGUUGGAUGUUGGGUUUGUCUUUGACGAUGUGACGGAGGGCGAACUGGGCAAUCUCUCCUGGUUUCCGAAUGAGUUCCAGACUGCUAUGAUGCACAAUGUGACGGCCAAAUCUGCACCAAUCAACAAUUUCGCGCAGACCCACAUUUUUGGCUCUGCCCCGUUUGCUGGCAAGAGGCCUACAUGGUCUGAAGCGGGGAACCGCUUAAUCUAUAUUGCGCAUAACAUGCGGCGGUUGGACACCGGCUCCUUGCCUGCUUUCGGCGAUUUGACCGCUGUCUUCAAUACCAGCCACGUCAGGAAUGCGGUUGUGAUCGCAGCGUAUGAUACCGGGCUUUUUACAAUGAACUGCUUGCUUCCCCACCCGCCGAUCCAGUAUGCAAUCAAACCGCUCAACUGCAGUUCCUGGCCUGAUCCUGCGGUUGGCACACUGGAUCACCUGGACCAUCUCAUCUUGCCGAAUCUUGAGGUGCCGUACAACACCAGUGGUACGAACAAGACUUGGCACGAUGGGGUCCGUACGCUCUGGUCCCGAGCCUUCACGAAGACGCCCUAUCAGGACAUUCCCGGACUCAGUAUCGAUGACAUGGGCAAUUACCUGGAGGCGGACAUCUUGGCUAAUCCGCGCAUUCCACAUGCUGUGAAGUAUGUGAUCGGGAACUUCCCCGUCCUCUUUGGAACAGAGAAAGGCCGAAAGCUGCAGCGUAUCGCUGCCAAGAGAUCCUGGCCACUGUUCUGGGCUCUCGGAAGCGAGAAGCCAGUCCGAAAGGACACGCCAAUCAAGAACCAGACACAAGAAAUACUCCCUUGCAACCAGCGUUUCACAGACCCCACUGCCGCCCGCCUGACCAAUGCGACCAUCCCUUGGGGUGCCCAGCGCAAAUUUGAUCAAGUCUGGGCAGAGGUGCACGCGGAGCGCUCGAAGCUCAACGUCACCAAAGCGGAUGUGAAGAGGUGGUGGGCGGAGGUGUGGCCAUCCCAGCUGCGGGUGGCACCACUCUCCGCCGCCUCUUGCGCAGAUACGAGUGGCUGUGUGGCCGUCUCAGAGUCGGGCGAUUGCGUCUGCAUCUCGGAGACCUUGGAGACUCAGAUUCUGACCGUUUGA